UGGCAGGAACUAUACGGGGUAGUGAAAGAAAAAUGGCGACUCGAGUCCUUCAAAGCGUGGGAAACGGCCUGAAUCAGGCACGGAACAGAGUGCGAGCGAACGGACAAGUCAUCGUAGCCAUCAGGGGGCUGUCCGCAUCUAAUAAUAGAAAUCGUGAGGAUAGCUGGUUUAAGUCACUCUUUGUCCGAAAAGUCGACCCAAGGAAAGACGCUCACUCCCACCUUCUAGCCAAGAAGGAAGACAACAAUCUGUAUAAAAUUCAGUUUCACAAUGUUAAGCCAGAGUGCCUGGAUGCCUACAACAAACUUUGUGAGGAUGUCUUACCGUCCAUACACUCGGAUCCGCAGUAUUCCUGCGAGCUGGUGGGCACUUGGAACACGUGGUACGGAGAACAGGACCAGGCCGUUCAUCUGUGGCGGUAUCGAGGAGGGUACCCAGCUCUCACUGACGUCAUGAGUAAACUUCGACAAAAUAAGGAGUUCAUGGACUACCGGAAGGAGCGGGGGAAGAUGCUCCUGUCUCGCCGGAACCAACUGCUGCUGGAGUUCAGCUUCUGGAACGAGCCAGUUCCGCGAGCGGGACCCAACAUCUACGAGCUGCGGACCUACCAGCUGAGGCCCGGGACCAUGAUCGAGUGGGGGAAUUACUGGGCUCGGGCUAUCAGGUAUCGCCAGGAAAACGAUGAGGCGGUUGGAGGAUUUUUCUCCCAGAUCGGAAACCUCUACAUGGUGCAUCACCUCUGGGCCUACAAGGAUCUGCAGUCCAGAGAGGAUACCCGGAAUGCUGCCUGGCAGCACGAGGGUUGGGAUGAGGUUGUAUAUUACACAGUCCCUCUUAUUCAGCAUAUGGAAUCCAGGAUCAUGAUACCCUUGAAGACCUCUCCACUGAAGUAGAGGGGAGAAGCCAGGAUCAUGCAGACAGUACUAAUCAAUCAAAUUGUAACCGGUGUCAGAUCUCACACUGCCGGGGGUUUCAGAUCCUUUUAAUAAUGCCAGCCACUUCUACUGAUUAUUAUGAUUUUUUUUUGGUUUUGUUUUUGGUUGUUGUUGAUUUUGUUUAGUCUCCAUUCAAACCAUUUCUUAACUCCAUACCAACAAUCAGCAUCUAGUACUUAUAAAAAUUGUCACUGAACCAUGCACUUGGUGAGCUGUGCUCAUUAAAGGGACAGCAAAGGAGCAAUGAGAUGUAGGUUCACAGGGGGGUGAGUUCACCAAAGUACAGCUGAGCUAGAAUUCUGUAAUGCUUGGAACUGCAGCCCGGAACCAGUGCCUCUGCAAAAACGGCCGCCACACAGAUCCCGCCCCUCAGUUAACGCCAUAUAUGGAAGAGCAUUCCAGAGUCCCAGUUCCAGGUUUUACUGAAUUCCCGGCUACUGUAAACAUCACUCCUUUGUGUGAAUCAACUGAUGAAUCUGUGGGGUCCACCAGCGAGCAUGCCAAACCAGUAUAGGGCAACAAAGGCUUGCUUUAUACUGUCGGACUUUGUCCGGUCAUGACCCAGCCAUAACAGUCCUCACACACCCAGAGUCUUUGGGGUUUUUCUGCAGGAGGAGGAUGAAUUAAAAAAUCAGCAUAACCAGAUGAAACAUUGGGUUUGGUUGUACUUCUGCACCUGCAGCCCCUUUGGCAUAACAUUAGCGUUAUGUUCCAGGGCAUGUAGAAAAAAGCUGUGUAUAUUUUCAGGGGAUUUCUUGAUUUUUUUUUUCUGCAUAAAAAAAUAUGGCAGUCUUAUGCUUUACGUGGAAGGCUAUGAUUUAUUUAUUUAGAUGUAAAUAUCAAAAAGAACUCCCCAUGGAAACAAAGCUAUCUCCUUUUUCCAGUUAUAGCACAGAUAUAAUUUAAAUGCUCCAGAAGGCCUACGAAUUUGGUGUUUUUUGAGGUCAUCUAUAAAAUAAAUUAGGAAAGGCCUUGUCAAUGCCACACAAUGAAGAAUUUCUCCUCUACAUGCCGACAGUUGUGUGAUACGAAAUAAGAUGUAGUGGUCAGGUGUAGUUCUGUGCUCUUUACAGUAGCUCCAGUUACAAGCACAAGAGUGACAGACCUUGCUGUCACUUAGUCUGGUAUUCAUUGUGUUCCAGUGCUGUCCUGUAAGACAGUGAUGCACCAAACAUCAGAGCUUUCUCACUGCUGCUGCCCUGGUUUAACCAAAGACAUUUAUUUGCUAAAUGAGAACACACUCUUAGCCCCUACCAUCUGGCAAACAAGCCCCACUAGGACUACGGUCUCUGCUCGUGAAUGCUUCGGAGCAGGUGUACCCAGAUGGGUACCCAGAAUCUGAAUGACUGACGGUUGCAACGUCAUGGUGAUUAGAAGCAUCAGGGCCAAGCAGAAAGGUUGGUCUAAGUGCUAACAUGAAUACUGAGAGUGAGAGAUCUCAUUCAGUAGAUUGUCUUUGAUUUGAUUCAACCCUCCACUGAACAGAGCACUUCUGAGGCACCCCUGCAUCAAAACAGAAUUUUUAAAGUACUUGUACUGCAUUAGUGGGUGUCUUCAAUGGAAACACAGCUCACUUCCUCACAGGGAUAAACCACCACCUCUCGUAUGAGAAAUGGCUCUUGUGGUACUCAUGUGAAUGGCUUGUAUUUAAAUUGUUACUUGUGAAAAAUUAACGCAUGCCCAGUUUUUUUGUUUUUCCUGGUGAAACAGGCUGAAAAUAUGAUUUGUAAUGUCAUUUGUUGGAUUAAUUUCUCAUAUCUAUGUACAGAUUUUUUUCCAAGAGUUUAUAGUUUAAGCUGGUGUAAGACUUAUAACUGAAUUGCCAUUUUUUCCUGUAAUGUCUGCAACCCAGGCUGAAUCAUACUGUAUUUGCAGUCUGUUGAUCAUAAUGCUUCUUAAACUGAAAUGUUAAUGUUAGUGGUGGCAUGCCUAGUCUUUGGUUAUCCAUUUCAAGGACAAUUUCUGGACAGGUGAUUGAUGUGAACACAACAGCACAUUAAUAAAUAAAAGGU